GUUGCGCAGUGCUCCCUAUGCCAUGUACGGGUCGACGUAGACUACCCGAGAGACUUCCGGAUGUGCAGUAGCGGCUCCGUGUUUCAAUUUUGGGUGCGAGGGUUUCGCCGAGUCGGUCCUGCCUUCAUAGCCGAAAUUACUGCGGGGUCGAGUCCACUGAAGUGUAAGUAUGAAUGGGCAGCUGGACCUAAGUGGGAAGCUGAUCAUCAAAGCUCAGCUGGGUGAUGACAUCAGGCGGAUCCCCAUCCAUAAUGAGGACAUCACCUAUGACGAACUGCUCCUGAUGAUGCAGCGCGUCUUCCGGGGGCAGCUGCAGAGCAACGACGAGGUCACCAUCAAGUACAAGGACGAAGAUGAUGAUCUCAUCACCAUAUUCGACAGUUCCGAUCUCUCCUUUGCAAUCCAGUGCAGCAGAAUACUCAAACUCACUCUGUUUGUGAAUGGGCAGCCAAGGCCACUGGACUCCUGUCAGGUGAAGUACCUGCGCAAGGAGCUGAUUGGCCUGAGGAAUAAAGUCAACAGCUUAUUGGACAGCCUGGAACCACCCACAGAACCUCCUGCAGAGAUACCCGUCCCCGAGAGGGUGUGUGUAGGUGAUAAGGUGUGUGUGGAGCCAGUGAAAGCCCCAGUUAGUGCUGCAAGCAUGUCUGCGUUCGACCCACUCAAGAACCAGGACGAGGUCAGCAAGAACGUCAUCUCCGCCUUUGGCCUGUCUGAGGAACCCAGCGCAGUUCCUGCUGCUGUAGCUGCUCAAGCAGAGGAACGUUCUGGAACUCCUGACAGCAUCAACUCCGCCUCCUCUGCCCCCCCCCCACCAGCUGUGGCCCCCCAGGCCCCCAAGCCCUAUGCAGGUCUGGUUAUUCCUUCGCUGUUUCUGGCAGGUCAGAUGUAUCAGCAGUACCAGGCCCCAGGUGGAUAUCCCCCCCAACAGCCUGCAGCCCCACAGCAGCAGCAGCCACAACAGCAGUAUGGCAUGCAGUACCCUGCAGGUUACACCCCCCAGCAGCAGCCUGGAGCGCCUCAGCAGCCGCAGCAGCAGCAGUUCCAGAACUUUCCGCCGCAGGCCCCCACCUCCCAGGCCCCCGCCUCGGGCUUCAGCACUGGCCAAUCACAGCCUCCCCCUCCCCAGGGGGCUGCCCAGUACCCCCCAGGGGCCUUCCCCCCUCAGAACUACACUUCCCAGGGUGCACCUCAGCAGCAGCAGCCAGCCAAUUACAGCCUGCCCCCCACCUCUCAACCCGCCCCCGGCUACCAGCCCCGCCCCACCUACACCCCCCCACCUGGUGCCACAGUAACCCCCCCUCCCGGAGGCUCCAACCCCUAUGCCCGAAACCGCCCUCCUUACGGAGCAGGCUACACCCAGCCCGGCCCUGGAUACCGAUAAACCCUUCCUACCCCAGACACACACACACACACACACAUACACACACACACACACACACAAACACAACACACACAACACACACACUCCGAUGACCUGAUGUUGUCAGAAGUGGUCAUGUGAGCACCCCACCCCAACCAGCCUUCAUAUCUGGCCUCCCUACACACACACACACACAAGCACCCCCCAUUUAUUUCAUUUUAGUUUUUGUGUGUGUGUGUGUGUGUGUAUGUGUGAUUGCACAUAUGAGAGACCAAACAGAAUAGGAUUUACGUGUGUGUGUGUGUGCGUGCUCACUUGUAAGGUGCAAGCUGGGAGUUUAAUGAGAGUAAAAGUGUGUUUGUGUAAAUGUGUGUGUGUGUUUCUGUUUUGUCUUCUGUCCGUCCAUGUUAGUGUGUAUUUUUGUGUGUUUGUGUGUUGAGUGUUUUAUCGCUUGUCACCCUGACCCUGUCCUAACGCACCCUAAAUUGUAACAGUUAAAACACUAGAGAAUGAUCAGUGCUCAGGCAUAGUCCUGCCUUUUGAAGGUCUCUCUCUCUCUCUAUCUCUCUCUCUCAGUUGUUUAUAUCACUCUUUUAUCUCUUCUCCCCUCUUUGUGUAUGUUCAUCCUUCGCUCCCAGUCUUUUCUAACGGCUGCAGGUGUGUCUGCAGUUGCUGUAGGACUUUCUGUUUAAACUGUAACUCUUCUUUUUUUUUUUCUCAAACUAAAUAAAGGCUUUCAAAUGGAA